GUCCUAAGGGCCUGUUAUGUCCACCCACCACCCAGCUCCCCUCCAUCCUGGGGCUGCCAUCUGGGACCAACUGAACCCCUUGUCUGGCAUCCCACAGCCUCGCUUUUGGGGGCUCCUGGGCCCGCUACCCUGCCCCUCAUUAAGGGACCCCCCCUCUGUAGACAUGUCCUCACGCUGUCGCACUCCAGUACCAGGUCAGGCCUGCCCGUGUCCAGCGAGACUGACAUGACUGUAAGGAGCCUUUAAGGGCUCUCGAGAGCGCUCUCACCCACGGUGAGGAGACCCUUAGGUCUCUGCUCACUGAGUCAGAGGGAAGGUGAAACCACAAGACACCCUUCCCCAGCACCCACACCAUCAUUUGGGAGUUCCCUAGCUCGGGCAGCUUCUGCUCAGAGAACACCCAUCAGGCUCCAGACACAAGGGCACCUCUUUGCAGCUACAGCGGCGGUCCUGUUUGUGGCCAGUCCACUGGAGGCCGUGUGCCCUUCACUACAGCCUCCCUGGGACUAGACUCCAAGCUGAGGCCUCCGCCCUGGUGACGGAGGCCCAGGGGCCUCCCCAGGGGCCUCCCUGCACGCUUGCAGCCCUGUGGCCACUCCUGUCACCGGGUGGUUCUGAACAAGGAAGGCAGGACGGAAAGCGGGUAGCGCAGGGCUGAUCCCCCAGAGCAGGCGCCACCCGGGCUGCGGGGGCUACAGCCUUGCCUGUCAGCACACUGAAGCCCGGCCGGCCGGAGCCUCGCCAUUCCUGCCCCCACGCUGGGCGGCAGGCGGGGCAGAAGGUGGGGUUUCUCCACUGCAGAGGUCAGGGUGGGAGGAUGGCUGGUAUCUUGGGGGGCACCUCCUACCGGGUGACCUGCACCAAACGCUGGUAUCCUUUUGUAGCACGGGCUCCCAGCCAAACUGGGGAGCCGAGGACCUGAGCAGUGGGCACUGUGGUGGUUCCCAGAGGCUGCAGGUCUGCACUGCUCUGGUGCCCCCACCCCAGGGGACAGUCUCCUGACCACAGGCGGGACAAUCAAGGAGAGCUGCUUUCCCGGAGGACCUUGAGGGCAGAGCCUCGAGGUGGUGGGGGUGGGGAUGGGAGCCCGGGGUGCCACGUUGGCGGCCUUUGUGUAGCAAGCCCCUCCUGGGGCACUGAGAACAAGGCCCCACACAAGGACUCCUACUCCAGCUCCUCCUACCCAUGCCCUUCUCACCUCCUUGGGAACAUGGUGCCCAGAACAUUCCAGCACCAGUGCGCCUUGACUGGAGGGUCACUGUCUCCCGCUUGCUCAGUGGGUUCCCUGCUGGAGCUGUUCUGGGCAGGGGCUGGCAGCCCCAAUGCUCACUCUGUGCUACCUGAUCGCCCGCUGCGCUGGGGGAACCCGGCUGGCUCUCCGGCAGGGGAAGGAGUUUGAGAACGCUGAGGGAGACGAGUAUGUGGCCGACUUCUCGGAGCAGGGCUCCCCGGCCGCAGCCGCGCAGAACGGCCCCGAUGUGUAUGUCCUGCCCCUCACUGAGGUCUCCUUGCCCAUGGCCAAGCAGCCCGGUCGCUCAGUGCAACUUCUCAAGUCCACGGACCUGGGCCGGCACAGCCUCCUGUACCUGAAGGAGAUCGGCCACGGCUGGUUUGGGAAGGUGUUCUUGGGGGAGGUACACUCGGGCGUCAGUGGCACACAGGUGGUGGUGAAGGAGCUGAAGGCCAGCGCCAGCGUGCAGGAGCAGAUGCAGUUCUUGGAGGAGGCGCAGCCCUACAGGACUCUGCAGCACAGCAACCUGCUUCAGUGCCUGGCCCAGUGUGCUGAGGUGACCCCCUACCUGCUGGUUAUGGAGUUCUGUCCGCUGGGGGACCUCAAAGGUUAUCUACGGAGCUGCCGGGUGACAGAGUCCAUGGCGCCUGACCCGCUGACCUUGCAACGCAUGGCCUGUGAGGUGGCAUGUGGGGUCUUGCAUCUACAUCGUCACAACUAUGUGCACAGUGACCUGGCCCUGAGGAACUGCCUGCUAACGGCUGACCUGACGGUGAAGGUUGGCGACUAUGGCCUGUCACAUUGCAAAUACAGGGAAGACUACCUCGUGACCACUGACCAGCUGUGGGUGCCGUUGCGCUGGAUCGCGCCAGAGCUGGUAGACGAGGUGCAUGGCAACCUACUGGUGGUAGAUCAGACCAAGACCAGCAAUGUGUGGUCCCUGGGUGUGACCAUCUGGGAGCUCUUUGAGUUGGGUGCACAGCCCUAUCCCCAGCACUCGGACCGGCAGGUGCUGGCUUACGCCGUCCGAGAGCAGCAGCUGAAGUUGCCCAAGCCCCAGCUGCAGCUCACUCUGUCUGAUCGCUGGUACGAAGUGAUGCAAUUCUGCUGGCUACAGCCAGAGCAGAGGCCCACAGCCGAAGAGGUCCACCUGCUGCUGUCCUACUUGUGCGCCAAGGGCACCACAGAGUUGGAGGAGGAGUUUGAGCGGCGCUGGCGUUCCCUGCGGCCCGGUGGCGGCGCGGGCCUGGGGUCAGGUCCCACCGGGCCAGCGGUUGCUGCUGCCGAGCUCACCGCUGCCUCGUCUUUCCCACUGCUGGAGCAGUUCACCGGCGACGGCUUUCACGUGGACAGCGACGAUGUGCUGACAGUAACUGAAACAAGCCACGGCCUCAACUUUGAAUACAAGUGGGAGGCUGGCUGUGGCGCGGAGGCAUUCCCAUCCCCGGGGGGUGUGUCUAGCCCAGGCUCGGCUUCACGCCUGCAGGAGCUGUGUGCACCUGACAGCUCUCCACCGGGAGUGGUGCCGGUGCUCAGUGCCCACAGCCCCUCGGUGGGCAGCGAGUACUUCAUCCGCCUAGAGGGGGCAGUGCCUGCCGCUGGCCAUGAUCCGGACUGUGCCGGCUGCGCUCCCAGCCCCGAAGCUGUGACUGACCAAGACAAUAACUCAGAGGACAGCACCACCACAUCCCUCGUCAUGGAACCGUUGCUGGGCCAUGCACCCCCCGUCGGGGGCCUGUGGGGGCCCCGUGACCACCACUCAUGCAGGAGGCAGGAGCCCCCCUGCCCCUCACGCUCACCCUCUCCUGGGACCCCGAUGUUGCCAGCAGAAGACAUAGACUGGGGUGUGGCUACCUUCUGCCCACCCUUCUUCGAUGACCCACUGAGUGCAUCUCCCUCUGGCAGUCCUGAGGCCCAGGCAUCUCCCAGCGAUGAGGAGCUGGAGGGGGAAAAGACAGGGAAGGCUGCUCAGUGUGGACACUGGAGCUCUAAUGUGUCAGCCAAUAAUAACAGUGGCAGCCGAGACCCAGAGUCUUGGGACCCUGGCUAUGUGAGCAGCUUCACAGACAGCUACAGGGAUGAAUGCUCCAGCCUAGAGCAGACCCCACGGGCCUCCCCUGAGCUGGGCCACCCCCUGUCCCAGGAGGAUCCCAGAGAAUUCCUGCCUGGGCUAGCAGCAGCCUCCCCUGGUCCAGAGCCAAGCCACUGCUUCAGCCUGCUCCCUCUGUGUCCUGCCAAAGGCCUGGCACCUGCUUCCUGCCUGGCCACACGGCCCUGGACAGAGGCAGCUGCAGGUGGGGGUGAUAACCCCCAGGUGGAACCCAAACUUGCCCAGGAGGCAGAGAGCUCUGCCGAAUCCCAGCUACCCCUUCCUUCUGUCCCCUCCCCAUCCCACGAAGGAGCCCCACUUCCCUCGGAGGAGGCAAGCGCUCCCGACCUCCUGCCUGCCCCUCCCACGCCCGCUGCUGGCAGCCGGGUGACUGUCCCUAUGCCGGCCCUCACCCUGGACAGCUGCGGCAGUUCUCUGGGGCAAGAGGCACCUAGCAGUGAGGACGAGGACGCCACUGAGGCUACGUCAGGAGUCUUCACCGACCUGUCCAGCGAUGGCCCUCACCCUGAGAAGCCAGGCAUAACACCAGCCUUGCGCUGUCUGCAGAAGCAGGUGGGGACCCCCGACUCCCUCGACUCUCUGGACAUCCCGUCCUCAGCCAGCGAUGGCGGCUGUGAGGUCUUGAGCCCAUUGGCUGCUGGUCCCCCUGCUGGGCAGCCCCGUGCCGUGGACAGUGGUUAUGAUACAGAGAACUACGAGUCUCCAGAGUUUGUGCUCAAAGAGGCACAUGAGUCUAGUGAGCCUGAGGCCUUUGGGGAGCUAGCCUCAGAGGGUGAGAGCCCAGGGCCGGAGACUUUGCUCUCUGUCUCCCUUGGUGGCCUCAGCAAGAAGAACCCCUACCGAGACUCUGCCUAUUUCUCGGAUCUGGACGCUGAGUCCGAAUCCACCUUUGGCCCUGAGAAGUGCAGUGGGGUCCAGGACUCCCAAAAGGAGCAAGACCUGAAGAGCCCACCUAGCUCAGGGCACCAGUCUGUGCAGGCUUUCCCCGGACCUGAGGUGCCCAGGGAGGACCCAGAUACUAGCCCCAGGGAGACGCUGCCCCCAGCACAGCAGCCAGAGGAGCCCUUGCCAGAGGGCCGUGGGCCAGAGCCUCUUGGGGCUCAAGCCCCAGUUGAGGUGCAGCCUGUGCCCAGCCCUAGUCAUUCCAAAUGUUUCCUGCUGACCUCAGUCCCCCUGAGCUCAGAAGGCAAUGGCAUGGAGCCCCAGGGGCCCCCAGGACAGUUGUCAGGGCCAGCCCAGCUCGGGCGGAUGGGGAGCCCUAGCACACCCAGAUCCCCGCUCUGCCUGGCCCUGCCUGGCCACGCUGGGGCUUUGGAGGGCCGGCCAGAGGACGAAGAGGACAGUGAAGACAGCGACGAAUCUGAUGAGGAGCUUCGAUGCUACAGCAUCCAGGAGCCCAGCGAGGACAGUGAGGAGGAGCCGCCAGCGGUGCCUGUGGUAGUGGCUGAGAGCCAGAGUGCCCGAAAUCUGCGGAGCUUGCUGAAGAUGCCCAGCCUUCUGUCUGAGGCCUUCUGCGAGGACCUGGAGCGCAAGAAGAAGGCCGUGUCCUUCUUUGAUGACGUCACGGUCUACCUCUUCGACCAGGAGAGCCCCACCCGAGAGACUGGGGAGCCAUUCCCCAGCACGAAGGAAUCACUCCCCACGUUCCUGGAGGGUAGCCCCGGCUCACCCAGUGCCCCUGGCCUGCCGCGGCGAGCUGACCACUUGCCGGACAGCUCCACUCCUGAACAGGGUGAGCCAGGAAGUAGGUUCGAAUGGGAUGAUGAUUUCCCGCCAGCACCGGGCAAGGCUGCUAUGGUGGCCGCACUGGACCCUGCUGACCCUGUCCUGGCCACGCCUACCACGCCAGCCGCACCCCUCUCCCGGUUCACCGUGUCUCCCACACCUGCCUCCCGCUUCUCCAUCACUCACGUGUCUGACUCGGAUGCCCAGUCGGUGGGAGGCCCAGCAGCAAGUGCUGGGGGCCGAUACACAGAGGCUUGAGACCCAGGUAGUCCCACCCUUCGGAGGCUGGCGUCACUGGAGCCCCUGCCAUCCUAUCCAGGCAGCAGCGAGGAUGGUGGCCGGAAAUGAAUGGGGACCAUCGGCACCCCCACAGCAUCCUGGAGAAGCAGGGGGAUGAGAGGCCUGCGUCUAGCCCUGGAUGUGUUGGGGCGUGCACCUCCCCUGUGCUGCCUCAUGGCAGACGUGUCCUGAGUGGACACUGGGGUUUGCUGCAGCCCGAGGGCCUGUGGGUGUCCGUAAGCAUACACACACACACUCAAGAAGGGCCCCCCGACCCUAGGUGGCUCUUCACUCCUGACAGACCCCCACCCCACCCGGAAGCCACUCUUCCUAGAUGGCCGUUGGUGAACUGGCUUCAGGCCGGGAUCAUGCAGUCCAGGGCCUGCAUGCCCUGAUGGCUACGUCCUGCCUUGUGUUCAAAGGACACUUGGCGGGUUUCAAGAUGGCUUUAAGCCUGCAGGUCCCUUUUGGGUUCCCCCCCUUCUUACCUGGGUCUAGGUUUGCUCAGAGCAAGGUUGGACCCCUGGGCUCCAAGCCCUUGUCUCAGAGUCUGUGGUGGUCCCCCUUCACUGCGUCUGCAGAAGCCCCCACAGGGCCUGUCUGGAUUGUUCUGGCCUAGGUCCUGCCAUGUAGCAGAGGCUUCCAGGCCCCAGCCGGACUGCCCCAGAGAUGCCCUCUACGGACAGGGUAGUGUGGGAAACAUUCCCUUACAGAGAAGUGCCCUGCCCCUACCCUGGUCAGAGAAGAAUAGGGUGUACCCUACAGCCACUGUGGGGCUCCUGCCUGCAGGCAGGGCUGGGAGAAAACAGGGCUAGGGUGGGUUGUACAGGGAAUAUUUUUGUAACUUGCUGGAGUGAAUGGAAAUGGGGUGAUUCUAAGUUAUUGUUGCCAAAGACAUGUAAAGUAUAUUGUUGCUUUGGGGGUGGGGGCAAUGUUUUUUGUUUUGUU